ACCAAAUGUAACAUUCCGUAAUAAUUUGAUUCUCCUGGAUGUAUGUUUACUAUGUAACGUCUUGUAUAUUAGACCAGGCUGAAUAUGAAGGUUUCGUGUAAAUAUAUGCCAAUGACCAUAAAACCGCGUGGUUGGGCCAAUUCGUUAUGCUGUAAUUCCAAAUCCUUGUGCCAUAAUAUUUACACACCUGUACGUCACCGGCAGCCUGGAUAUGAGAGCGAGAUGUGGGUGAUGUGAUUGACUAUUUGUCACCUAUUCUACAGGACAGACAAGCAUCAAGCAAGCGGACAUUAAACUCGUCACCUGCGUUUGGGGUUAUUAUUUCAUGCCUAUACGCACAUUUUCGAGUAGGCCUUCUUUCGGCUGUCCGUGCAUAAAAAUGAAUUGUCCACGUAAAUACUUAAUUUGGGGUAAAAUAGCUAUUGAAGCAGAAAAUAAAAUCUACCAUGGCCACGGGGUUCGCCAAGUACAAAACCCAAGCAGUCAUUCUGCAGAGUUCAAUCACGGACCCUGGAUAGUGAAAUUGAUUGGUCCCACAAAACACCUGCGCUCUCACAGAUAAAAAUCACAAUUUUUUGCGUCUUGGAAUUAAAUCCUAUAAACUAUAUGACGAAAUGUCGCAAAUAGACCCUUCAACACCACCCUCAAAUCUGAGUGAAGGUUUGUCAAUUAUAAGAUUAAGACUACUUCUUAUUUUACUCAUACCGUGCGUGGUUCUUCUGCUGCUGUUUAACUGUUUGUUCCUGGGUUACAAGUUACACAUGUUUUCAAAGAAGAACAGAAAAAGACAAGACAACGAAAGUAUUUUACAGUCUACUCUUUCGAUGCGCCAGAGAAUGGCCAUAAUAUCAGUGGCGCCAUUUGUCCCAAAUCAAGAUGGGAAAGGAGGUUAUAUCUCUGUUUCAGAGCCUAUUUUGGCGCAGGCCUUGAGCUCUCCACGUUCCUCUUCAAAUGACAAGGCAGCAGUGGAGCAGAGUAUCCGAUUCGUUCGUCUGGUUGGGGCCACAGACGAUGGUGGUUCGGAGUCCCUGGGGGCUCCGAGCGCCAUAUUUGCGACAACAGCCGAUACCAACUCCAGGAUCGAACAGCCCCGUAGGUCAAGCGUGUACAGUAGGAAUAAAAUAGGGUGGCGCAGAAGCGCCCCUGUCCUACCGCAGUCAAGUGAUUCAGAGGCAGAACUGCCUAACCUUGUGCCACCCAAUUCACCUGCGCUAAAUGAUACACACUCAAGGGUAACACCUGACCAGAGGCACAUGCGUCGGUGCAGCACCAUGGAGCUGCAAUAUGUAUUGAACAACACAGAGGAACACAAGUUUGAUAUGGUUGAAUUCGAAUGUGAAUAUGCCAGUAGCAUACCUCCAGAGACUUCAUGCUUUGUUGCAUCUGACAACUCUUCCACAAUGGGUCCUGGAUUGGACAGCGACUUUGGAGCAAGCGCAGGUGUCUCACUCCGAAUUCUGUCUGCAGACAGCGACGGUCUCACCAACAGAAUGUGGGCUUCGGGAAUGGAUUGGGACUAUUAUGACCCGUGCUACGUGAGCGAGAGACACAUACCCAAACAAAAAGAUCACAAACCUGCAUUACAUACCAAGCAUUAUUGGGUAUGAUGCCAGAGAAUUACACGUUUUAAUCUCAUUUAGAUUUUUUUUAUAUACUUUAUUUACAAAGUCAGGCUGUACAUAUUUUUCUCCAAAUAUUUAAAACUAAUAAGAGCACUAAACAGAUCACUUACCAAAUGUAAAAAAAAACGUAUUUUUAUAAAUAAACCAGUUUAAGAGAAGUUUAGUAAAGAUUUGCUAAUUCACUAAUGUAAAUCACAUUUAUUCCAAGACACUUACUUGUAUGAUUCACUUGUUUUGUAAUGCAUUCAUUUCACACAACUUUCAAUGUUUAAAAAAUUGUUUGUGGUACACUUGAAUAAGCACGUUUUGAUUGUGCACAAAUGUCUUGUACUUUUCACUUAAAUGCACUAUUAAACAUUCAAUAAAGAUUGUGUAUUGGUUUCGCGGUUGAACUUCACCAGUUCAUUUAUUGUUUUCAUUUCAUACAAUUCAAUUUUCACAUUUCUUUAACAUUAUAUAUAUAUAUUUUUUUUUUAAAGUCAUAAGCAAUCCCUCUCCUUUGAUUACAGGCUAGUAUUGAAUCCGUCAAUAGUGGCUAGUAAGAAGGCAGAUGUACUCUACCCAAUCCCCCACAGCCUUCUGUGUAAAUCCUUAUAAGGUUUGAAAUUAAUACAUGUCUCCCAAAGCCAGAAUACAGACAAGCUGCAACAUGCGGUCUCUAACUAUUAAAGGGUGGUGAGAGAGGUUUGUAAAUAAUAUUAAAUAGGGUUUUUCUUAGUUUUAGUUGUGGUAUUAGGUGUGUGUGUGUGUUGCGGCAUUAUACAGCUUUGCCAGAAUGUAUGUGAGGAAACUUUG